AUGCCAUAUCAUCCUCAAACAAGUGGCCAAGUGGAGGUUUCGAAUCGGGAGAUCAAGAGUAUCUUGGGUAAGACUCUGAACGCAAAUAGGACUGAUUGGUCUCAAAAGCUAGAUGAUGCUCUGUGGGCUUAUCACACUGCCUACAAGACACCAAUUGGCAUGUCCCCAUAUCAACUAGUUUUUGAGAAAUCUUGUCACUUACUGGUUGAGCUGGAACACAAAGCAUUAUGGACAUUAAAUGCUUUAAAUCUGGAUUGGGUAAAGUCUUCAAAAGGUAGAGUAGAUCAGCUAAACGAAUUGGAUGAAUUCAGGUUUAGGGCAUGUGAGAGUUCAGCCCUCUACAAGGAGAAGAUGAAUAAGUGGAACGAUUCUAAGCUCAAAUCAAAGUGGUCAGGCCUGUUUAGAGUGACACGAGUGUUCGCAAAUGGAGCCAUUGAAGUUAAAGGUAAAAAGGGCCCUGCCUUCAAGGUGAAUGGGCAACGCUUGAAGUUGUAUUUUGGAGAAUGCCAUGAAAUUUCAUUGAUUGAAGUGGUGUACUUGGAAGAUGGUUGA